AUGUGGUCGAAGUCGACGAACCUGGAAGCGAAGCACGGACUUUUGGCAAGUGGUGGUGUGCUGGAUUGCACCUCUUUCCAGGUUUGUGCCGAUUGGCUUCCAGCGGGGGUGGCGGAGCAGAGCCCGCCCCGCCCACGUCGGGCGUCAGCUCUCCCCGCCAAGCUCUCUUUCAACAUCCAUUUCCGGCAGAAUAUGAGGUCAGCUGUGAGACGGCCGGGCAUGUCAAGAGUCGCGACCCCGUUGGAACGGAGCAAAAGUUAA